AGAGCUGGCGUCCUCCUCGGUUGGGCAAACAUUCCAGUCUUUGAUGUUUGUAAAAACCUUCGCCAAGGCAAGCUGCUGGUCGGUCUUUGGGAACCAGAUGAGGCUUUAUCAAAACAUCCAGAACUUCGAUCUGCUUUUGCGCAACCCAGUCGAUCCUCAACUGGAAUUGUUGUUGAGGUUGCAUUUCCGGAAUAUAUGUUCGACUUUACCUUCCCAACCAUAGAACCAGCCGCAUUGGUUCCGCGAAAUUUUGACGAGUUGCCGCAGGACACCAGAAUCGCCGUCGAGUCGGCCGCGCAAGACAUUCUUUUGCGCCGAGAUGACAGUGAACUCCUGGACCGCAGCGCCGAUUACAAAUCCGACUUCAUUGCGUACCUGCCUCCUCUGAAGAAUCAGCUGGCUAUCAAUUUCGACAUCUUUCUGGACUGGUCUGGUUUGGCGAGUCUUUUGGUCGAAAAUGCUUGCAUGUCCAUGAAAUUCUGCAGUGCCUUGCUUUGGGAACUCCAAUCGCAGCUCGGGCUGGUUUCGGUGUACUUCCGACCAAGACUCAAACUCCUGCAUAAAACGAUCUUGUGUCUCCGUGGCGAAGCCCUCCUCUCUACCUGGCGAAUUCAGCGAAAGUUGCUGGAUGCUCUGAUGGGAACUGGUAAGUUCGUGACUUAA